AUGAGUAACAAAAAGAAGAAGAAUAAUAGCAAUAGUAUAAUCAAUGAUAUUCAACUUGGUUUGGAUGAAGAUGAGGAUGAAAUAGAGGAUGAUGAUGAUUAUGACACAGCAGAUAGAGGAGGAGGUACAACUACUAGAAAUACUACACUUUCUGCUGCGAUUAAUUGGAUUGAUAAUGAAUUUCCUGACCAAUUAUUAAUACAACAAUAUGAAAAGGGUAGAGUAGGUGGAGAAGGAUUAGGAGGAUUAGGAGGAUUAGGUAAUAAUAAGAGUCAAUUUAAAACACCUACAACAACACCAAAAUCAAGGUCAACAACCGUUACACCUAAAGCUCCAAUAAUUCAUGGUACCUCGACCACCACUACUACAAAUUCAAUUAGGAAACCAACAACAUUAUCAUCGUCGUCUUUGUUGUUGUCGUCGUCGACAUUAAAGAGUGGUGUUAGUAGUAGUAGUAUUUCUUCAUCUAUUAAAUCUGAACAAAUUAUAAAGAAUACACCUCCAUCUUUUCAAAAUGAUAAUAAUCGUAAUGGUAAUAGUGGUAAUAGUAAUAGUAGACCAACAUUGGCAGUUAUUUAUAACAAAUUGAAAUUAGGUAUUGCUUAUUACGAUCAUAUGACAUCAACCUUGUCAAUGAGUGAAAGUUGGGAAGACGAUUCUUUUAAUUGUUUAACUAUUUUAAAACAACAAAUUAAACCAAAGAUGAUUAUUGUACCUUCAAGAAUGCCACAAAAGUUUAUUGAUCAAAUCAAUUUAAAUGAAACACCUGAAUAUGAAAGUGUUAUCUAUACAGCCAAACAAUCUGAUUUUGAUUAUGAUCUUGGAAAGACUAGAUUGUUUAAUCUAAAGUUACCAUGUCAAGAUGAUUUCCAUGCAAAAUCUCACUACCUUGAAACUCAAAUUAAAGCAACAAGUGGAUUAUUAUCUUAUUUAUCUAAAUUUUUGGCAUUGGACGAAUUUGAAACAUUAGAGAAUUUACAAAUCAAUGAAAUUCAACAUAUUUCUUUAGAUCAAUAUUUACAUAUGGAUAUAAAUUCAUUAUAUUCAUUACAAAUAUUUUCAAAUGAACAACAUCCAAGUUGUUAUUCAUUUGGAAAUUCAAAAGAAGGUUUAAGUUUAUUUGGGAUAUUAAACAAAACAAAAUCAAAAAUUGGUAAAAGAAUGUUAAAAUCAUGGUUUAUGAGACCAUCAAGACAAAGAACUAUUAUUGAAGAUAGAUUAGAUGUAAUAGAGUGGUUAUUGGAUCAAUCACAAUCUACAAUCAUUCAAGAACUAUUAGUUUCAAUUGGAAAUAUUAGAGAUUUACAUAUGAUAUUGAAUAGAUUAUCACUUUCUCAAUCACCUUGUAAUGAUUUAAUUUCAAUCUAUAAUACUCUUUACAAUUAUUUUCAAAUUAUAACAAUAAUUGAAAAUUCACCUGAUACACCCAAUUUGAUUAAAGGAACACAUAUAGCAUUGGAUUCAAUUAAAGAUUUGUUUGAACAUUUUGAAAAUACAUUUUCAUUGGAACAUAUAUUAAAAUUCCGUCAACUUUAUAUUAGAGAUGGAUUUGAUCAACAAUUGGAUAAAUUAAGAGAAGUUUUUAAUUCAAUGAGUUCAAUUUUGACAAAUACAGGAGAAAUAGAAAAAACCAAAUUUUCAAGAAUAACAUGGAUAGAAUCAUUUCAUUUUGUUUAUUAUCCACAAUUGGGAUGUUUAAUAUGUAUCCCUAUUUCUCAUACAGUACCAAUUCAAACUCAAAAAAAUAUUAAAGGUUUAAAAUUUUUGUUUCAAACAUCACAAUAUAUUUAUUUUCAAAAUGAAAAAACAAAAGAAUUGGAUGAAUAUUUUGGUGAUAUUCAUCAUGAUAUUAUUGACAUUCAAUCAAGGAUUGAAAGAUCAAUCGUUGACAAGGUACUCGAAAAUGUUUCACAAUUGGUAGCAAUUUGUAACUAUUGUUCCCAACUCGAUUGUUUUAUUUCACUUGCUCUGGCCUCCAAAGAGUUGAAUUUUGUCAAACCAACAAUCAACAAUGAACAUCGAAUCAAUAUUGUAAAUGGAAGACAUCCUCUUCAAGAAAUUUGUGUUCAAACUUUUAUUCCAAAUGAUACUAAAAUUAAUACAAUAGAUAAUAUUGAUAAUAAUAUUAAUAAUAAUAAUAAUGAGAAAAAACAAUUUCUAUUUAUUACAGGACCAAAUCAAAGUGGUAAAUCAAUUUAUUUAAAACAAGUUGCAAUCAUUGUAUUUUUAACUCAUUUGGGGUGUUUUGUUCCUGCAAGCUCUGCUGAUAUUUGUUUGUGUGAUAGAAUAUUUACAAGAGUAUCAUCAAGAGAAAGUUGUAUGGUAUCAGAGUCAUCAUUCAUGAUUGAUUGUAAACAAAUAUCACAAAUGACUAGAUUUUCAACUUCAAACUCUUUAUUAAUUAUUGAUGAAUUUGGAAAAGGAACCAAUCCAAAAGAUGGAAUUUCAAUAUUAUAUUCAUUGAUUGAAUUUUUAUUAUUUAAAGAUAAUGCACCAAUUACACUAAUGUGUACUCACUUUUAUGAAUUGUUUGAUUUGUUUACUCCUGAAAUGAACAAUCAAAUAUUAUUUAAUUCAAUGGAAUUUAUUAUUGAUGAUAGUAAUAGUCUUGGAUUAGAUAUUUCAAAUUAUAUUCCUCUUUACAAAUUGAUUAAUAAAAAAUCAACUCAAAGUUUUGGUUUAACAUGUGCAAUGAAUGCAGGAGUUUCAAAGGAUAUAUUAAUACGUACAAUGGAAAUUAUCAAACAUCAAAUGAAAUUUAAAACCAUCAAUUGCAACUAUUUUGAACCGUUACCAACCACCGAAAAAGAAUCCAAUCGUAUACAAUUUUACAAUCAAUUGUUGGAUUCAUUUUCACAUAUCGAAGAUAAUUUACAAUCUAUUACUCCAUCACUUGAAAAUCUUUUAAAUCUAAUUAAAUCAAGAAAUGAUAUUGAAAAUGAUAAAGACACCAGAGAGGAAUAA